CAGGCGGGAAACCAUGAUGCGAGAAUGGUACUGGGACACGCGUCAGCCGACCCCCGCGCACACACAAGCGCUUCCCGAGCGGCCGUACGCUCUGAGUGUGCGGCACCCCCUCAUGGUUGUCGCUACUGCGGACCGCCACAUCAUCGUCUACAACCUGGCAUCGCCUCAGACGGAGUACAAGCGGGUGAUAUCGCCCCUCAAGUACCAGACACGCUGCGUUGCGACCUUCCCAGACAGGAGCGGCUACCUGGUGGGGUCCAUAGAGGGGCGCGUGGCCGUGCAGCAUGUGGAGGAGAGCCAGCAGCCCAAGAACUUCACAUUCAAAUGCCACCGGGACGGCAACGACAUCUAUGCCGUCAACUCCAUUGACUUCCACCCACAAUUCGGCACGUUUGCAACAACUGGCUCGGAUGGGGCGUACAACUUCUGGGACAAGGACAGCAAGCAACGACUCAAGGCCAUGCAGCGUUGCAGCCUGCCCAUUUCCUGCAGUGCCUUCAACCAUGAUGGAACCAUCUUUGGAUAUGCAGUGAGCUAUGAUUGGAGCAAAGGAGCAGAGAACCACAACCCUGCAGUGAACAAGAAUUACCUCCUUCUCCAUGCAACUCAGGAAAACGAAGUGAAGGCCAAGGCUAAGUCGACCACCACCACAACGCGAAGAUAGCACUACUACUUUUGUAGCUGAGGGAAUUUCGGGGGAAUUUACAGUUAAAAAAUGGCCAAUUCAAGCUAGGUCGCAGGGUUCGCAAUGGGCCACAGCAAGCAUUGCCCUCAUUUCUUGUUGCUUGUGGUUCAGCUUUUAAUUGGAAAUAAGAAGUUAAUGGUGGACUCCUGUGUAGUAAAGGCCAGUGUACUGU